UUUCUAUCUCAUUAAAUGUCUGUUAAAUGAAAGUGUAUGCAAACGUGUCCUUGCACAUCUCCAUGACAAACCAAGGUCACAUUUCAGGUUUGUUUGUUUACAGCCAGUUGCCAUGGUCACCAGUGUUGGCAUUAGUUGGUGACUUUUAGAUUGUGUCUCUCAUGUAGUUUAAACUCUCAAUCAAAUCUCCAAUGUGUCAGAAUGGUAAAAGGUGGCAGACAGUUUGCUCCAACCAACCGUGGUGGAAAAUGGUUCGCUCAUCCAAACUCAGCGGGGAGCGAGGUGGGAAGUCGAGAUGCUUGUACCAGCACUGGCAUCAUGCUGACUCAAGUGAAAUCAACAGUGCCGCAGGCUUUGCAGAUCGAGCGCUAUCCUAAAUGGAAAUCUCAGCAGAAAUCCAGAAAAUAUCCCUACUCCGACCAUGACAACAAGUAUGCCUUAAAAGACAGCAUCCUCGUCUAUAGUCAAAUUGGCGUCCGUCAGGUGCACUUUCAGGACAACCAGCACAAGUCCCAUUUCUACCUGUGCCAUGAGGGCGCAGAGACCAAACCUGGAGAGAACAUGAGUAUCUUUAAGGGCGAUUAUGUGGAGAAGCAGGUCCAUGAGCCCAACAGCAACAGGAGGUUUCCCCACAACCACCAGCACAAGUCAGGACUGGCUGCCCAGGCCCAAGGAGAGGACUAUUUCAUGUGGUUUGGAAGAGCAUGAU